GGCAGCAUGAAAUGCUUAUGGAAGCUCUUGCUAUUGUUUUGUUUUCUCCUGACGGUGCAGUACACAGUCAUUCAUUUUGUGCAGAAACAUUUCUCAGGAUGUUAUCUGCACUUCAACACCCCCCAGGGUUUAAAUGAGAAAGAUCAAUCAAUGAAAGCCUCAGUCAAUGACUCUGAAACCACAAAGCAUUCCACUGCCCCUACUCGGAGGCACAUCUAUAUUUUUUCACAAACUCGCAGCGGAUCCUCCUUUGCUGGGCAACUUUUUAACCAACACCCAGACAUCUUCUACUUAUUUGAACCUCUUUACCAUGCCCAAGACAAAUUCAGCAACACAAGCAAGGACCUGCAAACAGCCAUGCACGGGGUCUACAGAGACCUUCUCUUCAACCUUUACACUUGUAACCUUAACAGUAUGGAAGACUACAUUCAACCAGAACCACAGGAACACCUGACAGAUUCAUUCUUCCACAAGACCUCCAGCCGUGCUCUCUGCUCACAGCCUGUCUGUCAUGCAGGCAUUAUAGAUAAUAUGACAGAACAACAAAUAAAGACCUGGUGUCGGGCAAAGUGUCCAACCUUAAACCUCACCUUGGCCUCCCUGGUUUGUCAGGCCCAUAGACAUGUGGCCAUCAAAACGGUGCGAAUCUUCCUACUUAAAGACCUACGUAUCUUAAUUGAAGACCCACGAUUAAAUGUCAGGGUAAUUCAGCUGGUAAGAGACCCCAGAGCCAUCUUAGCGUCACGCCUAGCUGCAUUUCAUGAUAUUUAUAUGGGCCAGAAUGCAACAGACCAGCAGCCAGAUCAUUUGGAUUUGUCAAAUAUCAACAAAACAUGCCAAGAUAUAGAACAAUCUGUAAACACUGGUCUGCAGAAACCAACCUGGUUAAAAGGUCGUUAUCUACUGGUGCGCUAUGAGGAUCUAGCACUUAAUCCUGAAGCCAAAACCAAGGAGAUCUACAAAUUUCUAGAUGUUGAUAUUGAUGAUAAAGUGUUUAGAUGGUUAUCUCAAAACACCAAUGCCACAGGUCAGAUGAAUGAUUUAUACUCUACCAGCAGAGAUGCCAAGAGCACAACAGAGAGCUGGAGACAAAAACUGGCCUUUGACAUUGUUAAGACAGUGCAGACAAUAUGUAACACCACAUUGUCCAUGUUAGGCUACAAAAUGGUGCAGUCUGUGACACAACUGAGGGACAGUAACUACAGUUUACUGGAACCAAGAACCUUUUAG